AUGAAGUUAAUCGUAGCAUGUUGUUUGAUAGCUUUUGUGGCAGGAGUAGAAGUGACACUGCAGGAAGUCGUUCAUAAAGAAAAUUAUCAUCCAGAAAGCCCAGAAAAUUUACCCAAUUUAUUACCAAAAUUAGGUGGUAGAAUUGUUAAUGGACUCGUUGCUGAGGAUGGUCAAUUUCCAUAUCAAGUUGCAUUGUUCCUAAGUGGAAAGGAUGGUAGCACAUUCUGUGGUGGUUCUUUGAUUUCUCCUAACUAUGUUUUAACGGCUGCUCAUUGUGUUGAAGAUGUUGACAAAGUUGAGCUACUUUUUGGUACAAAUUAUAUUUAUAAACAAUCGGCUGGACAAGUAAGAAUGGUUUCGUAUGACCUAUACGCUCAUGCCAAAUAUGAUCCUAAAAGAAUGAUUAAUGACAUUGCACUCAUUAAAUUACCAAAACCCGUACAAUUGACUGAAAAAAUUCAAUUAUCUAGACUCCCUACAUAUUCUGACAAAUCUAAAGACUAUGUAGGAGAAGUAUCAACAAUUAGUGGUUGGGGAAAAACUCGAGAUAGUAGCAAUGUGAGUCCCGAUUUACGAUAUGUUUCCAAUCCAAUAAUAACUAAUACAGAUUGCAGUAAAAGUAUGGUUAAUUUGAAUAUUCCAAAAACACAAAUUUGCCAAGCAGGAACUGGUAUUAAAGGAUCUUGUGGUGGUGACAGUGGUGGCCCAUUGGUUGUUAUUGCUGAAGAUGGUAAGCCAGUACAAGUUGGUUUAACAUCGUAUGGUCUGAUCUAUGGUUGUGAAAAAGGUUAUGCAUCAGCGUACACACGUGUUACCGAAUAUUUGGAUUGGAUAUCUGAACAUAGUGAUGUUAUCAUUAAAAAUUAAAGUUGCUAAGUUAUUUAAGUAU